AUGGAAAAACAGGAGAGAGCCUCCUAUUUAAAGAUAUUCCUAGUGGUCAUGAACUACUGGACGAUGUCUAUAUCAAUGGUGUUUGCCAACAAGUAUCUGGUGGGGAGUCGGUUCUCCUCCCUGGAUUUGUCUCUCUUUGUAGCCUUCUUUCAGUGCAUCAUCAGUGUCGUAUUCGUACUGUUCUACACACGGGCGGGGAAAAUGUGCUAUCCCGACAUCCAUCCAAUCAGCUACAGUCCCAGUAUAGGAUUAUCGCGGAAUAUGGUCGUGUUAUCGGGACUUUUUGUCGGCAUGCUGUCUUUCAAUAACUUGUGCCUAAAGCAUGUUGGCGUGGCUUUCUUCCAAAUAGCACGUUCUAUGACUUUGAUAUUCACAGUUAUGUUCUCUGCAAUUAUUCUUAAGAAGUACUCUUCCUGGAAGGCAAUUUGUUGCUGCCUUAUCGUGGUUGGUGGAUUCAUUUUAGGUGUAGAUCAAGAAAAAGUUGCGGGGACGUUGUCGGUCCGCGGUGUGAUGUAUGGCGUGACCACGAGUGUCUUUGUGGCUCUGGUGGGCAUCACCAUCAAAAAAGCACUGGAUAUUGUCGACAAGGAUUCGGCCAGAGUGACGUUCUACAACAACUUCAACGCGGCCAUGUUGUUCACCCCAUUAGUGUUAGCAAGUGGGGAAUUAGAAGCCUUCUGGCUGUCGGACAAAGCCAGCGAUGUGUACUUCUGGAUGGCCAUGGUUGUAUCGGGUAUUUUGGGCUUUCUCAUUGCAUGGGCCAGCGCCUUGCAGAUUCACUACACCUCCCCAGUGACUCACCAUGUGAGCAAUAAUGCUAAGUCUGUGGUACAGACAAUUAUGGCGGUGACUAUCUAUCAGGAGAGUAAACCCUGGUUGUGGUGGGUGAGCAAUAUAAUGGUGAUGACAGGAGCACUGGCCUACGCUCUCGUGAAAAUGAAGGAGGAAAAGAACCAAAGACAGAUUGAGGACAAUCUAGCCAAAGGGGAGCAUCAAGGCGGAUCGAAAGUAUCGAAUCAUGUGGUAUGA